AAGUUUUCAACGAAAUUCAAAGAAGUGGAAGUCCGUCAACGUUCUAAGUAUUACUUCAAAGUUCAUCAAGUCUUAGAGGUCGAAAGUAAACCCGGGCAUUGAGAGCUCAUCCAAUAACAAUACUAUGGAUCGUCAUGCCUCAGAUGCGGCGUCAACCGCACGUGCGAGCCUCGGAGAGCCGCCGAGAGUUAGUCGGAGUCCCGCUGCGUCGAAUUAGCUCUUCUCUUUUCUUCAGUCUACUUUCAUUCUAGCCACAUCUUAAACAUGGGCAUUCUUGAUAUUGUUCCUGCUGGAGUACUUACUGGCGACAACGUUCGCAAACUCUUCGAGUAUGCAAAGGAGCACGAGUUUGCCAUUCCCGCGAUCAAUGUGACCUCAUCGUCCACCGCCAAUGCCGUUCUCGAGGCUGCUCGCGACAUCAAAGCACCGAUCAUCAUCCAAGUCUCGCAAGGUGGAAGUGCGUACUUUGCUGGUAAGGGCCUUGCAAACGAUAAGCAACAAGCCUCCAUCCUUGGUGCCGUUGCUGCCGCACACCAUGUCCGUACUCUUGCAAAGGCGUAUGGCGUGCCCGUCGUCCUCCACUCGGACCAUUGCGCUGAGAAACUGCUACCCUGGUUCGAUGGUAUGCUCCAAGCUGACGAGGAAUACUUCAAGCAACACGGCGAGCCUCUCUUCUCCUCUCACAUGUUGGAUCUCUCCGAGGAACCCAAAGAACAGAACAUCGCCACCUGUGUCCAAUACUUCAAGCGCAUGGCUCCUCUCGGUAUCUGGCUCGAGAUGGAAAUUGGUAUCACCGGUGGUGAGGAGGACGGUGUAGACAACACCGGCGUGGAUAACUCCAAGCUUUACACUCAACCCGAAGAUAUCUGGGAUGUUCAAGAUGCCCUGUCCAAGGUCUCUCCUAAUUUCAGUAUUGCUGCUGCAUUCGGUAACGUGCACGGUGUCUACAAGCCGGGUAAUGUGAAGUUGCAUCCCGAGCUUUUGAAUAAACACCAAGUGUAUGCGGAGCAGAAGCUUGGUGGAACCAAGAAGAAGCCAUUAUUCCUGGUCUUCCACGGUGGCUCCGGAUCUACCAAGGAGGAGAUCAAGACUGCCGUUGAGAAUGGUGUUGUCAAGAUGAACGUUGACACCGACACCCAGUAUGCCUACCUUGCCGGUAUCAGGAACUUCGUCCUCGGCAAGGCUGAAUACCUCAAGACACAAGUCGGCAACCCCGACGGUGCUGAUAAGCCCAACAAGAAGUACUACGACCCUCGUGUUUGGGUCCGUGAGGGUGAGAAGACGCUUGUUGUUCGUGUCAAGGAGGCUUGCGCGGAUCUCGGCAACGUCGACCGUCUCUAGGAAUGGUAAAAUGUGGAUGGAAUGAAGGAGACAAUCAAUAGAUCAGUUGUACCCUGAGCAGUAAAUCCAAUCUGUAUUACGAUACGUUUUCAAUUUCUUCACAAUUUGCGUUAAAGGACUCUUGUAGGUAUACUCUUACGUCGGUAGUGCUUUUGCACAGUGUCAGCAAGGUGUGUGCUCGAUGAACUGUGUAGUGUGUUGACCGUGAAUUCUCCCUGCUUUCGUCGGUCAGGUACAGUAGAUCUGCGGCAGUUUCGCGACAGUAGUGAUACACUCCUUCACGUGAACCUAGAGUAUGUAAUUUUGAGACGAAACCCCGCAACGUUGCCUCCAUUCUAACGGCUUGCUGAGAAUGCCGAAGCCUCUAACUGACAGCGCGAUGGCUAGACGCCAACGACAACUCUGCCACUUAUCCGCUUUCUAGGACUCUUCGACGGAAGUCCUGUACUGAGGCCUGGGUCGCAAGGGUUCAACGGGGGAGCUCUUGAAGACAUCUUCCUAACAUCUGCAGAUGACCUCGCAAACCACACCCAAGAACGUCGAAUUCAGAUUCAACACGUCUAGCCAAAGAGCGAGAGU